AUUAUAUAAAGGAUGUAGUUUUACAGUUGGUGGGGGUUCAAGAUCCGAUGACCGUGUCGCCCGAUCUCCCUUCUCGCCCCUUUUCCCUUGUUUCACGAACCCAACGCAACGCCGAUGUCAAAGAUCGAGCUGAGUCUUUCCCGUCCGAGCCGCGUCUACCGCCUCGGCGAAUCCAUCGAAGGAAAGAUCGUAACGGUGCUCACCAGCCCCAUCUCCUACCAAAAGAUCGUCAUCACCGCCACCGGAACCGUCAACCUUCAGAUCCGAGCGGGCGUGACGGGGGUGAUCGAUUCCUUGUACGGCGUGGUCAAGCCUAUACGCAUCUUGAAAAAGAGCUUGCAGGUUGCAUCUGCUGGAAAGUUAGGUCCAGGUAAAAUAGAGACACCAUUUUCAUUCACUCUGAGUCCUCAGGAGAAUGAUACUAUUGCAACAUUCUAUGAGACGUUUCAUGGUGGAAAUAUUAGCAUCCAGUAUCUUAUAACAGCAGAUGUAAUGAGAGGUUACCUACAUAAAUCUUUAUCUGCUGCAUUGGAGUUCAUAGUUGAAAAUGAUAGAGCCAAUCUAAUCACGUCACCUCAGUUGCUGGAAUUUGUUAGCUUUUACAUAACACAGGACACUCAAAAGCAUCAAUUGCUUCCUGAACUGCUUACAGGUUGUUUUCGGGUCACAGGGAAAAUUUUAACCCAGUGUUCUCUGAAGGAUCCUAUUACUGGUGACCUAACCGUUGAAGCAUCUGCAGUUCCUAUAGACUCUGUUGAUAUACAGUUACUUCGUGUUGAAUCUAUUCUCUCUGGGGAGAGGUUUGUCACUGACACAUCAGUGAUCCAGACUACUCAGAUAGCAGAUGGAGAUAUUUGUCGAUCUCUAACUUUGCCUAUCUACGUCCUACUUCCCCGUUUGUUGGUAUGCCCCACCUUGUUUGCUGGGUCAUUUUCUAUUGAGUUCCAUGUCUCGAUUACUGUGAGUUUCCAAUCUCAGCUAUCUAAACAGUACCGUAAAUCUGAUCUUAGAACUCCAAGGCCAUGGAUGGCGAUGGUGACUAUACCGCUUAAGGUAUACUGAACAUAAUGCUUCGAGGAGUAUCCUUCUGCUUGUGAGACAGCACCAGUCUUCCCUCUGUGCAAAUAUUUUUUUGAGUAAUGCCACUAUAUAAGACAUUUUCUUUAUUCUUUUUUUUUUGUUAGUCGCGAAUUUGCGUUUGAGAAUUAUUCCCUGAUGAACUUCUCGCGAGGAUCGAGGGAAUGGUGUUUUGGUCACUUCCAAUUGCUCAAAACUUAUUGACGUCCACAAGGCGGCGGCGGUAGCAUCGUGCAACCGCUAUGGGUUUGCGGCUGUGUCCCGUAGAGCCGGUUGGUGGACUGAUGAGUAGAGCAUAGCUGGAAGUGCUGUAGGAGGCUGAAUGUUGGGCCUUCGUUGCGCUUUCUCUAGCUUCCUCUGGCUCUUGGGCACUGAUAGGCCUGCGGAAAUAUAAUCUGAUUUACUUCUUUCAAUCCCAACAGUGAUGUCAUC